AUGGCAGCUGCGGCGCCCAGCUCCCUCUCCAUUCUCCCCUCGUCUUCCUCCUCAUCCUCCCGCCGCAAUGCCGUCGGCGCCGCCCCGGCCCGCUCUGGGCUCGUCCUCAAGAGCCCCCUCCGGCGGCUGGGUUUCGCCGGCGCCGCCGCCGACCCGUGCCUGGCCCUGAACGUCGCCUCGAGGGUGAGGGAGGUCGCAGGGCCCGCAGGGAGAGGCCCACGAGGGGUGGUGUCCAUGGCGAAGAAGAGCGUGGGGGAUCUGACAGGGGUGGACCUCAAGGGGAAGAGGGUGUUCGUCAGGGCCGAUCUCAACGUUCCCCUCGACGAGAACCGGAACAUCACUGACGACACCCGUAUCAGGGCGGCCAUCCCCACCAUCAAGUACCUCGUCGAGAACGGUGCCAAGGUCAUCCUCUCCAGCCACCUGGUGAGUAAAGUCAACCCAAAUCAUCUACUCUCUCUCUAUCUCUCUCAUAUAUAUAUGUAUAUAUAUGCGCGGAGGAAGAUCAUUUGAGUUUUGCCAAGUUUUGCAUGCGUUGCUAUUCUAUUUCUAGGGGGCUGAAGUUUUUUCUUGUACGUCCAGGCCUCAAAUCUUCUUCCCUCUCACUGGAAAACUCGUUUUUUCCAAUUUAUUUUUUCAACCCUUUGCAUCUCUCGUCCUUUUUACCUGCGAUUGGGCAGUGUCAACGUGCUCAAUGCCGCUGUCUGCAACUUCUUUUGGAAUAUAUUUCCCCUAUUAACAGUGCGAUCAUCGGUAUGAAAGUCCAGAAUCAUCGGCCAAGUUAUACAACCUGAUCAUGGAAUGUCUUUAGAAUGAGAGUAAGGAUUCGAAAUCGCUGUAGAACUGAGUGACCACCGUCUCCAGCUCUCUCGUCUGAUAGAUUAUGGGCACAGGCCUGAAGAACAUUAAGUGCUUUUGUCGUCCUUUCUUCAUGUUUUUCCCCCUUUGAGUUUCAGCUGAUUGAAGUGAAUGUCAAGAAAAUAGUGAAUUCUUUUUCUGGAUUAUUUUCCAUGUUGAUGCCGUGAUAUUCAUUAUUUUCUGGAAUUAUAUUUUCAUAUAAUUUCUUUAUACUCCUGUUCUUCUCUCAUUCUUACUGCACUUAUUGAAGAAAAUAGCAUAUUUGAUCAGUUCAUUUCUUUCUGCUUCUUUCUUUCAGGGUCGCCCAAAGGGUGUCACACCAAAGUACAGCUUGAGCCCCCUUGUCCCCAGGCUGUCAGAACUCCUCGGCUUUUCGGUCUGAGCAUCUUUGAUUCAGCAGAAUUAUGCAUGGUGUGGGAUGGGUCGUUGCCUAAUAUAAUAAAUAGUCUUCUCCUUUGUUGCUAAGCAGGUUGUGAAGGCUGAGGAUGUCAUUGGCCCAGAGGUUGAAAAGCUGGUUGAGGCUCUUCCAGAAGGAGGUGUGCUCCUUCUUGAGAAUGUGAGGUUCUACCCGGAGGAAGAGAAGAAUGACCCAGAAUUUGCCAGCAAGCUUGCUGCUCUUGCUGAGAUCUAUGUGAAUGAUGCUUUCGGGACUGCCCAUAGAGCCCACGCAUCAACAGAGGGGGUCACCAAGUACUUGAAACCCUCUGUGGCUGGAUUCCUUUUGCAAAAGGUUGGAGCCCAAACCAGAUUCCUUCUUAGAUAACUAAUUUGUGGGAUUUAAGUAUGUUAUCUCGACUUUUCCAACUUUUUGGGGUCAUCUUCUUAUAAGAAGGUGCAGGAUUUUUCUUCUGGGUCUGUGGAUUUUGUCCCCAUUUGGUAGAUGUCUCUUUUGCAGGGUACUUGUUUGCAUCUCAUUUAUCUCAGGCUGGUACUCUUUUCCAACUAGAAAAUAAUAAUGUGCAAGCUAGGCCUUUUUGAUGACUCCCAUCCUUCUUUCAAGUCCAAAUAUAGUAAUAAAUAUCGUUUGGUUUUAGGAACUUGACUACCUUGUUGGAGCUGUUUCAAGCCCGAAGAGGCCCUUUGCAGCCAUUGUUGGCGGGUCAAAGGUCUCAUCGAAAAUUGGUGUGAUUGAGUCACUGCUGGAGAAGGUUGACAUCCUCCUCCUCGGUGGAGGGAUGAUCUUCACAUUCUACAAAGCUCAAGGCCUCUCAGUUGGUUCUUCUCUGGUGGAAGAGGACAAACUUGAUCUUGCGACGACACUCAUCGCGAAGGCAAAAGAUAAGGGGGUCUCUCUCUUGUUGCCCACUGAUGUGAUCAUCGCUGACAAGUUCGCUCCUGAUGCUAACAGCCAGGUAUGCUCCUCAUCCUUUGCAAGAAAUUUUGAAGCAGGAAUUAUUAGAAAAUUUUCCACUAAAAAAGAAAUGCCCAUGAUGGAGUGUGAUGCUGGACUAGUAAAAAUGAAACAUAUUUCAACUUUACAUUUUUUUGAAAUUAUGUAUCAUGUCUGAUCUGUUUCUAGUCUAGGGUCUUGAAUUAAUGAGAUAGGUAUUAUUUUCAGUAAAGUUGUAUCGAAAUUAAACCAAUUAAACUCAUGUUAAAAAUAUUUUCUGGAUUUUAAGCCGAAUUACAUCCAAAUGAAGCCUUUUUCUCCUGACCAUCCCAGCCUGCGUCCUACUCAUAAAUUGCCAAUCCUGGGCAAUCCGAUCCGGACCUAGAUCAGAUCUGGCAUGCCAAUCUCUGCGUAUUUUGGCUAUAUUUACAUGGAUACAGUCACGUGAACUGAGUCAAAAUCGUAAAUGGACUAGCUGUCUUCUUCGAUGUUAAUAUUGAUGUUGCUAGGUGGUAAUAGUUGGUUGACUUAUGUAGAUUGUUCCCGCAAGUGCCAUCCCCGAUGGCUGGAUGGGUCUGGACAUCGGACCCGACUCUGUGAAAUCCUUCAGUGAGGCUCUGGAGACCACCAAGACCGUCAUCUGGAAUGGGCCCAUGGGAGUCUUUGAGUUUGACAAGUUUGCUGUCGGAACUGAGGUACACGCCACUAAUUGAUCCAGUGAAUCCACAUUUGAUUGGGUUCUCAAUCAUCUUGAUCCGUCCCAUUGAAUCUCUUUUUUUUGUGGGGGUGUUCCUUUUUAGGCAAUUGCUAGGAAGCUGGCAGAGCUGAGCGGCAAGGGAGUGACCACCAUCAUCGGAGGUGGUGAUUCGGUUGCCGCUGUCGAGAAGGUUGGAGUGGCGGAGGUGAUGAGCCACAUCUCAACAGGGGGUGGCGCCAGCUUGGAGUUGCUGGAAGGAAAGGAGCUUCCAGGAGUUGUGGCCCUGGACAAUGCUGUGCCCGUUACAGUCUAG